AUGGUAGCCAGUAGAGUUUUGCGCGUGCUGCAGGCCAACCUGAGAAAGGGCCCAGAGACCCAACUGAGUCUCCUGAACGACCGAUCGUUGCAAUCCUGCGAUCUGCUUAUCAUCUCGGAACCAUAUCUUUUUCUGAUGAACGACACAGUAUGCUCCCAUACACAUGCUAAUUGGACACCACUCUGGCCCUCACAGCGGCACCCGCCAUCCGGAGGGCUGAGGCCGCACCGUAGUAUGAUCUGGGUGAACAAAAAGACCUCCCCACAUAGACAGAUCGACAUUGCGUCAGCUGACAUUGCUGCCGUACUGCUACUUACACCCUCGCCAACUCUAGCAAUAUCCGUGUAUAUCCCACCAGGAAGAGGAUGCGAAGGAACUAGGGCACUAACUAAAGGGCUGGAUGCAAUCCGGGAGGCCCAUCAACGGGUCCAGUGCGAGUAUGGGGACAAUAUUGAUAUCCUUAUUGUGGGAGACUUCAACCGCCACGAUCAGCUUUGGGGAGGAAAUCAAGUGGCAACACGGAACCGUCAGGGUGAAGCGGAACCAAUUGUGCUCCUCAUGGCUGAUUGGGGCCUAACAAGCUUACUGCCACGAGGGAUCUUCACCCGAGAAGAAGGCCCAUAUCAGUCGACCAUCGACCUUGUCCUUGCGUCGACAGAUCUGAGCAGGCGGGUCACACGGUGUCGCAUCCACCCCGUUGAGCAUGGAUCAGACCACCGAGCAAUUGAAACAAACUUCCAGUCCGAAGCGCAACCAACGCUUCCCCCGACAACCCGCUUUUCAUUCCGUGAAGCUCCAUGGGCCGACAUCAACAGGGAGUUGAGAGACCUAGAGACGGAGAUCAUAGAUAUUACAGACCGCUCGGAACUGGACGCGACUGCAGGGCGCUUGACUGGCAGGAUCAGCUCAGCAAUUCGCAAGCUAGUCCCGGUUGCGCGGCCAUCCUCAUACGGCAAACGCUGGUGGACUCCGAAGUUAACGGCAUUGCGAGACACAUACACAUCGGCCCGAAAUCGGUGCACGCAAGCCCGGCGAUAUGGAGCCGACUUUGCUGCGCUGGAAGAUACGGCAUUAUACCUACGGAGACAGUACCACCGAGCAAUCCGUGAUACCAAGCGACGGCAUUGGAGAGGGUUCCUCGACAACACCGACAACAUCUGGAAAGCGGCUCGAUACCUCCAGCCGGGAGACCAAUCCAUGGGGAUAGUCCCCACACUGCGCUCAGGUGAUCAGACGAUCAAUGAUGACCAGGGAAAGGCCCAUAUACUCCUUGAAACCUUCUUCCCUCCGCUGCCCAAUAUUCAGGAUGAGCCGCCGCGAGACAGGUCGCUGCCGGACGCCCUCCCGAUGGAAAUGAUUACUGAACACGAGAUCGAAAUGGCUCUGAUGAGGAUGGCGUCGUGGAAAGCCCCCGGACCAGACGGGCUGCCGGUGGUGGUGUGGCAACAGAUGUGGCCUGCCGUCAAACAAUGGGUCGUCGAACUCCUUCAAGCACGACUGCGCGGUUUGCCUCCUUCGGUAGCUCGCCAGCUCUUCAGCUCCACAGUUGCGUCGAAGAUUGAUUACGCAGCAUCGGUGUGGUGCCCUAUACGACAGGAUGCUACUGUUGCGGCGGGAAUCGUACGGCCGUUCGAAGCCAUCCAGCGGGUCGCGUCUCAGGCGAUCGUGGGCGUGUUCCGGAACACUGCCCUCGCCAUCGCCGAAGCAGAAGCGGGGAUUGAACCGACUGUCGUACGCCUUCGAGCGCGCAUCUUGAAGCAUUGGAUCGUCUGCCACACCUUACCAAAGGACCAUCCCUUCUGGUCCUGUCGAGCGGCGGCUACAAUGCAGGAUGGGAGUUACCCGUCGCCGUUCAAAAUACUGGCGAAGUACGGACCACAAUGCUUGUCUGACAUGGAGGUCAUUCGAACCUUCCCUCUAGAUCCGUGGCAACGGUCUCUCGGGGAGUCGAUUGCCACCGUCGGAUCCAACAUGCACGAGUUGCACGAGGCCAGCCAUGCCCGUCUCUGGUUGUUCACCAGUGUCAGCGUCCGCAAUGGUCUGGUCGGAACAGGGCUCGUUGUUCGCGUUAACCAAGUCGACAUCGUCUCGUCAAACCGGACGGUCGGCAACGAUGACUCGCUCAAUGCUCAUUACGCACAGCUGGGGAUGGUGCUGGAGGCUGUCUUGUAUGUCAGGACAAUGCUCCCUCGUAUCCAGAUGUCACCGUACAAAAUCCAGGUUAUGAUCGUCGUGAGCAACCCUGCGGUCCUGCUUUCGCUCGCGAAGCCGCAUCUUCAAGGCGGACAGGCUCUUAUCAUUAGGAUCACCGACGCAGUCGGCCAGCUGUUGGAGAUGGGGGCUAAGGUCAGCCUACAGCCACCAACUGAUGAAGACCGCGAGAAUACUACACGAGCACACACCCUUGCACGCGAAGCAACAGAAGAGAACUGCGAAGUUAACCCCCCGCCCUGGGCGCAAGUCCAGCUCCGAGCGUCGGCGUUGCGAUGGGCUCGGGUGAAUGCUAAACAGCACCAGACGGACAACUUUCAUCUGUGGACUACUGGCCAGUUUACACGCCAGCUGGAUUCGGCGCUCCCAGGUCCCCACACCAAGAUGCUGUAUGAUGGUCUGGAUCGGGAGAAAGCAUCGAUACUAGCUCAACUCCGCACGGGACAUGCCCGGCUGAAUGGACAUCUUCACCGAAUCGGCAAAGCCGAAAGUGAUUUGUGCGAAUGUGGCAUUGAGCGUGAAACAGUCCCGCAUUUCUUGCUUCAAUGCACACGGUGGAAUGAACAACGUCGCGCGCUGAUUGAAGCCGCAGGUCCGAACUUCGGUAGUCUGUCGCAGAUGCUAGGAGGUAAACCUGGGACUGUAGAGGAUGCGAGUGAACCGAGUGGAAGAACAUGGAAACCUGAUAUCAAGAUUGUCAAAACCGUUAUCGCGUUUGCAAUGGAGACGGGACGGUUGGCUAAUGAAGCGUGA